AAUAGAACGGGUUAGUGCCUCUCACGCAGCGUGAGAACGUAUCAAGGAUUCGUUCUUCCUUGUUCUCCAUUGUUGCAAGUGCUUUUGCAAUAUUAAGAUUUAAUCGUUCGAAACAGUGUUUCAUAAAACGAUUGUAGAUCUCACGGAGUGUCGAGAUCUUUGAGUGAAAAAAAAAAAACAUUAUAUUUUGUUAUGCCGGCGGUGGAAUUCGAAUCGAUGGCCCCUAUCGCUCACAGGGAGAAGAUGAAUAAAUUGUGCCGUCAACUCUCGAUCGAGAGCCCAAGUGUGACCGGGCGGGAUUGCGUCUUCAGCUUCGACGUGCCCGUGCCGGAUGUGCCGGCGCACGGCGCCCGCAUCCGGGUAAUGUGCGCCGGUGCAUGCUAUCAUCCCCGACGGUCGCCGAGUCUGACCAGCUUGACCUCGGUCUCGAGUGGCGGCAGCCUGGCCGCCGACAUGUCCGUGGAGACCGAAUACCCCACGGUGUCUCUGCCGCAUCACGGGAUGCGCGACGCCGCUCUGUUUCCCGGUUACGAGGUGGCUGGCGUGAUCGAGUCGUUCGGCACCGAGGUGCCCGAAGACCGCGAGCUCGCCGUGGGCGACCGCGUUAUACUUUACCCUUACGACGGCAUUCCUAAUGGCUACGUCGAAUAUCUGGUGGUGCACGAUCUCAAGUACCUGAUCAAGCUCCCCGACAAUAUGUCGUUCAGCGUGGGAGCUAUGCUACCAGCCGGCGCGCUUCUCGCCAUGAACACCGUCUUUGCCGCGCACGAGCAUGUGCAGGCAUUACUGAAGGAGAGAGGCGAAAACAGCGUAUGCAAGAUUCUGGUAGUUGGCACAGGUGGUCUUGCUUUGUGGGCCCUCAGAAUCGCAUCGUAUCACUUCAGUAACAUGAGGGACAAAGUCACUACUACGAUAGCCACUCUCAAGGACGACGGUCUUCUCAUAGCUCAGGAAGUCCAACGGGUGAAUGUAGUGCAGUGGAACGAAGAUCUCUACGAGAAGCAGCUGAUUGAACGCACAAUGGAUGCCUGCGGUGGCCAGGUGGACGUGGUAAUCGAUUUCGGUACGACUUCACGCAACCUCCAUCGUAGCAUGCAGUGCCUAAGUAAGGGCGGCGUGGUGUUCGUGAUCAAAGAGGUCGCCGAUCGGCUGCUGCCCAAGUUCAGCCGACGCGCGGAAGAGCGGGAGCAAUCCAUCAAACCGGUAGAACCGGGCACGCUGGAGCAACUGCGAGAGUUGGUGCAACUAGUCGCCUCCGGUGACAUCGAACCGCCCCCGCACACCGUAUAUCCCGCCGAGGAGGCUCUGGACGUCGUCCAAAAGCUUUGCCACUCGGAGAUACAAGGCCGCGCAAUUCUUCGCUUCUACCCCGCGGACUAGAAGAUUUUCCACUGAGAGAUUUCUCCGCGAUCGCGGAUCAGGCGACAGAUUCGACGACGACAACCGAAAGAGUCAGGACCCGGCCCGGGUGAUGAGAAUUGUACGGUUUACCAUGCGGUGUGUGUUUCGAAGUUUCGAUAAUGAAGUUGAGAGGAGGACUAUCGAAUCCCGAAGUAGUUGUUGCUUCAGACUGAGGGCCGGAGUUUAGAUAAGGUGUUGACGUGCGUACGUCCUAUAGGGGCGAUAAUUUGCGAAUGAGGGGACUUGACGAAUGCAGGGAUGGUCUUCGUAGAGUGAAGCGAUACUUUAACUCGAGGAGAUCUAACCGACCGAAGAUCUCAUAAGACACAAAAAUUGACGAUACACUUUAUUACGAAUGAUAAGAGAGUUGAUGAAAGAACGACGUCCUGAUUUAUGACUGAUUGAAACAUUUAACUACUAAAACUUGACAAAAUAUUGUAACGGCAACAAUACGAAAUACUGCGCGAAUGUAAUUUGACUUUAUUGGGUUGAUUAAUCAGUCUCUUUAAUGCUGAGAAACGUGUCAUCUGUGAAGGAAAAUUUUCGUAUAAUUUAUAUAAUAAUUUUCAUAUGAUAAACAAAAUUUUUCUUGCAAAUAAUUUCUUUUUGAAAAUUUGCUGAUGAAACAAAACAUCAGUUUUCGUGUAUCAUUUGAUGGAUUAUAUCACUUUGAGUAUCUUUUAGACGAGCAAUUAACUCUCGUAAGUGGAUAAUCAUAUACGUGAGACAAAUUGAGAGCAGGUGAGAUAACAGCUUAGAUAACACAAAAAAAAUGACAUAAAAGUGGCCAUGCCAGAAAAAAAAGGUGCGUUAUCAUCGAAGAAGUGACGCUCUCUACUUCCUUUUCAUGGAUGUCUAAUAUUUGUUGUUUCUUGGCGCAAAAUUAAGUCCAGGAUAACAUUACGAUUUACGCGUACUUAUGCCGAGCGCACUAAAGGAGUUAUGAGUGGUUAAUGUACGGCGGUUAAUGGUAUUCUGCUUUCUUAUUUAAGAAUCCUUGAAUGGAAACAUACUGAACGAUGAACAUGGAGACACAAA